AUGGCUAAGUUAAUAGCAAAUUUCUUUGCCCUCUCUCUCAUCAUGGCCAUUAAUGUGGCAACAAGUAACCCAAUAUUGUCAUGCAGUGAAACCCCUUACCCUUAUGUAUGUAGUUCCGUUGUAAAUACUAGCCCUCUAAUUGCCCAAGCCAAAACACAAUCCGGAUUCCGUAACCUAGCCCUCCUGGCAGCCUUGGACCGAGCAGUACGAGCUCAUGAGCUCGCAUCGGCCAUGGAUAUAAGCUCGUUGGAUGAGCCGUUAAAAGCUGCAUGGGCUGAUUGCUUGGAGGUUUGUCAAGACACCAUUGGCAACCUUAACAGCUCGAUGAGCUCUUCAUCGUAUGAUGAUGCUCAGACAUGGCUAAGUGCUGCAAUGGCCAAUCAACAGACCUGUCGAAAUGGAUUUAUUGAGCUUGGUUCUUCCUUUCCCUUGGAUUCAUUGCCCUUUAUGUCUCAUAACAUAUCGGAGUUGCUAAGCAACUCUCUAGCCAUUAACAAGGCAAUGGCACCAGCCAAGUCAGGUGGUAAUCGUGGGUUGCUCUUGGAUGGAUUCCCGAACUGGCUCUCUGCCUCCGAUCGAAAGUUUCUUCAAUCUUCAGCGAUAAAUGCCGAUCUUGUUGUGGCCAAAGAUGGCUCUGGAGAUUAUGAUACCAUCUCAGCAGCCAUUGCAGCUGCUUCGAAGCAAAGCAACGGCACGUCAAGAUUUGUGAUCCACGUCAAAGCUGGUGUUUACAAUGAGAAUAUCGACACAUCGAUGAAGAAUCUAACGAUAAUUGGAGAUGGAAUAAAUGCUACCAUUGUUACUGGUAGUAAGAACGUGAAAGAUGGCUCCACAACAUUCCGUUCCGCAACCUUCGCGGUCACUGGCGAUGGCUUCAUCGCUCGAGGCAUGACCUUCCAGAACACAGCAGGGCCUGAGAAGUACCAGGCAGUUGCCUUCCGAUCAAGCUCAGACCUCUCGGUCUACUACCAGUGCAGCUUCGAGGGCUACCAGGACACACUCUACGUCCACUCCAAGCAGCAAUUCUACCGCAACUGCAACAUCUAUGGCACCAUCGACUUCAUCUUCGGCGACGCCACCGUGGUCUUCCAGAACUGCAACAUAUACGUCAGGAAGCCGAUGACCGGCCAGAAGAACACCGUGACAGCCCAGGGCCGGACUGACGAGAGAACGGACACCGGCAUAUCGAUUCACGAUUCGGUGGUCACCGCCGCACCGGACCUCAAACCGGUCCAGAGCUCAUUCCAGACCUACCUUGGCCGGCCAUGGAAGAAGUAUUCGAGGACAGUAUACAUGAAGACGUUUUUAGAUAGCUUAAUUGAUCCGGCUGGAUGGCUCGAGUGGGACGGUGACUUUGCUUUGAAGACUUUGUACUAUGGGGAGUACAUGAACACCGGCGCAGGGGCUGAUACCAGUCAGCGGGUGACGUGGCCCGGCUACCAUGUUAUAACGAGCGCAGCGGAGGCCAGCCAGUUCACGGUGGGGAACUUCUUGUCCGGGAACUCAUGGAUUCCGGCCACUGGAGUCCCGUAUACACCUGGCCUUUAA